UUCGAAGAAAACGGGAGGAGGAGCGGGCUUGUCAUGGCGCCCAGCGCCCAUUGGCCGCCUGUGGAGAUUUUGGUUUUUGGGGUCAUGUUCCCAGAAGGCCUGCCUUCCCCCCUCCCCCUCCCCACCCACCUCACGAGGUGUUGGCCAAUCGCCCUGUCGGGCAUAAAGUGGCUGCCAGCCCGCAGGACACCCAGUGGAGCCGUGUCAACCCAGAGCGGCACGGGCCGAAUCACCAGCACCCAGCAUGCGGACACAGCUUCCACAGAGAACAUUGCUCAGUCUGGUCCUCAGGCUCCUGUUCCUGAGCAUGGCACGGGCCACACGCGGCUGCUCCAGUUCUUCUGCACAGCUCCUCAGCCAGCUGCUGAAUCAGGCGAACAUCACGGGGAACACGGAAUCACUCAUGAAGCCCUAUCUCCUCCACCAAGGCCUGAACACAACUAUCCUGAGAGAUGCCUGCACCAAGCCCCCUGUGACUUUCCCACGUGAGGACAUGCUACGGGCACUGAACAAGCCUCGUUUCCUGAACACUGUCCACGUCACACUGGGCAGAGUCUGGCACCAACUGGGUGCUUUAAGACAGCAAUUUCUGAACAUUAAGGAUUUUCCAGAGCUGGAGAGGGCCAGGCGGAACAUCCAAGGCAUCAGGAACAAUGUCUACUGCUUGGCCCAGCUGCUCCACCAUCACCUGGAGAUACCUGAGCCCACACAGGCAGACUCUGGGGCCUUGCUGCCCACUACCACGACACCAAGCAUUUUCCAGGCCAAGCUAGACAGCUGCCGCUUCCUGUGGGGCUACCACAGCUUCAUGGGCUCAGUAGGGAGGGUCAUCAGGGAGUGGGGAGAUGGUUCUAGUCGCAGACGGAGACACAGUCCGCGACACAGCCUGUUCCGGGGCUGGCGUAAAGGAGCCCGCAGAAUCAGACCCUCCAGGAGCAGCCAGAGCUCCGAAUCCAGGGUCCAGGUGCCCCGGUAGCCUGAGGAUACACUGACGGACACAGCACAGUCUGUGGAUGCGGGAUGUCGCCUCUCAGAGGCUUUCAGGGAUGCUCCUGUAUUCAGAGCUAUGAAGAACAGCACUUUAAAGUGUGGCGUCGGGUGGCCCUUCCCACCAUGACUGGACUGCAAGGGUAGUCAGGUUGUGGUGCCCCACUCCAAGCCUCCAAUCCGAGUGGGGCGGCUGGGUCAGGCCACGUGGGGCUGGCUUUCCAUUGAUUCAGGGGUCUGAUGACACACACUGACUCACGGCUGGGCUGAACCCCCCAGGCUGUUGGUCCUUUCCUCUCAUGACUUGAAGCUGUUGCCUCCAGACUUCCUCCUUUCCCUGUGGCUGAGUUCCAAAGGGGAGGUCAGGUCUAGGGCUCUCUCCUGAGUCUCAUCCCACCCAGACCAGAUACCUGGAUGUCUGGGAGACCUCACGUUUGCCCUUUGCAACAGGGGCAGAAUAUCCUAAAAGGAACACAGAUCGAGAAGUUCAGGGGAAGAGAGCUCAGGGCCUUGGCUUGUUCCCUGAGUCUCUGUAUGACUGUGGACUUUAUAUAUCUGAGGGUCAGCUUUCUCUAUGUAAAGCUGUGGUGUGUGUGUGUGUGUGUGUGUGUGUUUGGGUCCUUAUUUAAGGCUCUCACCGUCUGUCAGCUGCUGGACUCUGACAUAGGUGGACAUCAAAGUCUCUGUAAAUGGGAACAUAGGGCGCAAACGGUCAUAGGGUGGGUUUAUGGGAGCUCUCCCAGCGCCUGUAAGCCCCGUCUUGGGUCCUCGCUGCUUGUUGCUCCCUCUGGUGGUGUGUUGUGGAAUUUUCACAUGCUGAACCGGUCCUCCCAGAAGGGGACUCAAAAGCGGAUGAGUAAUUAAUUACUUGGAGAGACAUGACUAAUUUAUUGAUUUUUUUUUAUCAGUUUUUAAUCACUUUUAUAUUUAUAAGGCUUAUUUAUAAUGUAUAUUUAAUGUUAAUAUUUUGCUAACAUAUUUAAAACUUGUCGAAUU